AUGGGGUUUGAAAAUAAUUUUGUAGUGUUCGGUAUGGAAGCCAAUUCUGGGAAGCACUGUAAACGAGCCAGGCAGCUUCGAAAUCAAGAGACAAGCGGGGGUAUCAACUGGUUUUGGAUCCCCCAAAAAAAUGAAUUUUUCUAUUGGGUCACGCGAGACAGAGAGUCUCGGUCCCAGGCAGUCUUCCGUAGCGAAAAAGACAAAAAAAAGAAAAGGCAUUUUUCGGAAGAGCAGGAUGUCGACUCAUCCAAGUCGACCGUCCGCCACCCGGCUAAACGGGGAAUGAUGCAACCACCGGAUAAAAAAAAUUAA